AUGACAGAAAUACCCGAGCCCAUCAGACGGAGCUCCGUGCUUGUGCCCACAAAACUGCUGCCUGCAAAGCCGUCCUCGAUCCCGGUGUCUGUCCAUUCGCCAAUCGAGUCCGAUGUAGUGAACAACGACGAGAAAUUGCAGCGCGGGCUACUAGGGAAAGUGGCUGGCAUUCUACAGAAGUCGCUCGGCGUGCUGUCACACUCACAUGACCUGGUUCUGUGUUCCGCCGAUGUAAGCUCGUGUGAGCGUCUCCAGUCUGCCGAUCUGCAGCUACAGAAUGGUGCCACUUCCAGUGUCCCCUAUUUGUCGGUGCCCAUGUCUGAAAAACCCAGCACCUCCAGCACAAUAGUGUUUUCGCCCCGCCAACACCUCUACUCGCCAACACAGACCCCGAGACUGCGCGUGAAAGAGACGAAACACGUGUCGCUUGAGUACGACCCGAAAACCCGCCGCAAGGUCCUCAAUACGUACGAAAUCAUCCGCGAGAUCGGCCGUGGUGAGCAUGGAAAAGUGAAGCUCGCGCGCGAUUUGGUUCACGAUGAAUUGGUGGCGAUUAAAAUCGUCAGCAGAAAGCUGAAGCACGACCGUAGACUCAGAAUGCGCCGUCCCUCCAACGCGCCGGCCAACUACCGCUCCAAGAGCGACUACGAGAUGAAAAUCCGCCGUGAAAUCGCCAUCAUGAAGCGCUGCGACCACAAGUAUAUCGUCAAGCUCAAAGAGGUGCUAGAUGACCUCAGUCUGUUCAAGAUUUACUUGGUGUUAGAGCACAUGGACCGUGGUGAAAUUAAAUGGAAGCGGAAGAAUCCAAUCGAUGCCCCAAGACCAUUGUCAAAAAGUAGCAAUGGCUGUGGAGAUGAAAGCGACAGAAUCCCGUGUCGAGUAAGCAGCAAGCGCUCCAGCAUAGUGGGAAUGGGCUCAGCCACAGAGGACAAUGAUCUUCUAUCGAACGAGUUCUCGCCAAAUCUUACUUUCCGCCAAUCGCGCCGUAUUUUCCGCGAUGUGCUCUUGGGUUUGGAAUAUUUGCAUUUGCAAGGCAUAGUCCAUCGAGAUAUAAAGCCUGCCAAUCUUUUGGUCAGCUCUGAGUACAUAGUCAAGAUCUCCGAUUUUGGUGUGUCUUUUGCAUCUUCUUUGGGAUCCUCUGAUGAUGGAGAGUACUUCAACGACAUGGAGUUAGCAAAAACAGUUGGAACACCAGCAUUUUUCGCUCCUGAACUUUGUCAGACAUCGUCAUCUCUGGUCCCUCUGAGCGCUAACUUGGCCGAAAAUCAAAGAACAAGUCAGUCUUCUGACAAUGCUUGCCCUCUCGCAAAAUCCCUGUCUGCGCUGUCCACAAUACCCAAGGUUGACCAUAAAAUAGAUAUCUGGGCCUUUGGUGUCACUCUAUACUGUCUUUUGUUUGGCCGGGUGCCCUUCAAUGCCGACAACGAGUUUGCUCUAUUUGAUGUGAUUGUGAACCAGCCUCUCCAAUUCCCAGAAUCAAUUGAAGAAUUCCAUUCUCCUCAAGUGGUUACUGAAGAGGAAUUCGAAUUAGCGAAAGACCUUCUAUCCAAAAUGUUAGAGAAAAACAGGGCCUCCAGAAUUGACAUUGCCGAUAUCAAGCAGCACCCUUUUGUACUCAUGGACCUCGAGAAUGAUUUGGACAAAUUACACGAAUUGUUCUUCUUAAACGACGAGUACAUUGAUGAAACUAGUUAUCCUAAUGGUGCCUUUGGAGCACAAGAACCCACGUCAGAGGAACUAAAUAGCUCUGUUGUUGGUAUAGGGCGGAGAAUCAAAAGUGACCUUCUUCGAGUCCUCACAAACUCUGAUACCGACAUAGGCAAGAGGCUUGCCUUUCGACUAGAUCAUAGUUCGAGUAUCGCGUCAUCUAGCGCUGGGUCUUCCCGCAUUGGGAUGCAACACGACGAUGAAUCUGAACGCAGCCACACUAUUUUGCUUCUGGAAGCAAUGUCAUGUCUGCAGAGUCGCGAUACUAAUAACGGAUCACCAUUGUCAACUCGUUCCCCCGGAUCGCCUAAAGCUUUGCCUUACACACCACAGUCUGGAACUGGUUUGGGGCCUUCUUCGAGAUUACCUCAAAAUCCGAUCUUGACGAAUUUUGGUUCCAUUGCACCAGCCUACCUGGAUUCACCACUGUCCAACGUUUCGCCACUUAUGUCGCAACCAAGUCUAGCAACAUCAGGAGUAAUGCUGCCCCAAUUUGUCGGCCUGCUGCAGUUUGUGAAUCUGCCACUUCAUCUGCUGCUGCAAGUCUCGGGCACGCCGUUGUCUGGAUCAACGGUGCAGCUGCUGAGUACUUCUGUUCAACACCAUAGACACCAGCUGGUGGUUCUCUCAAACCUUUUCUUGCACGAUGUAAUGGAGGGCGAGGCAACCAUCAGACGUGACAGUAUCGGUGGCUCGACAGAAGCUCCUCAGAUUGAGACAAAGCGUAAUGUUGGAGGUGAUUUAUAUCUUAAGAACCAAUCCGCCUUGGAGACAUUUAAGGACAUUCAAAAAAGUGACCAGCGCCGCAGAGGCUCGAGUAUUUUCCUGUCUCUUAGUAGAUCCUCAAGCAUAUCCACUGGUCGCAAGAACUCGCGCGUGUUGGAAGACCUGUUGGCAUCUACUCAUAACACGCCUCAAUCACUACCUCGACCAAUUCCUGCCCUUCUUGCUGAGCCUGAGACUGAAUCUUUGGCAAACAGCAAGAUCAAAAUUGGCCCAAUUAGUAUCGAACGCAAUCGCAGACCAUCUUCAGUUAUAUCGCUUCCACUUACAGAGAGCUUCGCAUCUUUAGACAGUGACAACGAUGAUUACCUUAGCAAAAAGUAUCACGAAUUCCGCAAACAAAGACGAGCAAAGAAAAACACCGAGCCAUCCGUCAUGUCGGACAGUGCCAUUGCUCAAAACAAUGACGCUCUCCUUGAUUCCAUUGACAAUAAGUUCAAGAACUUUGAUCUCAUGUCACUGAUGACUAAGAAAAAAGAGAACAACACCGCUGCAACCGGCGAGGAACAUGACACUGACAGUCAUGACAAAGGACCCAAAUCUGGAGAGCGCAAACGCGGCAUUUUUCCAGCUUUAUCUCCAUCUCUACUGUCAUCAGAAGAGCUGGACUCAUCGGCAUCUUCUUCAACGUCAGGAAAUAGCAGCGAGAGCGACGGGGAGGCUGGAAACUUGACGCUCAAGUUUUCUUCGAAACUUGGACCAGGAACCAGGCCUCCCUUCCUUCUGUUAAGCAAUCGAGCUAUAUCGCAUGACUCGAGACUUCCAGAUUUGGGUAAUUCAGUGAUUUCACCUUCAAGCCACUUGCAAUAUGAAGUGCCUUUUGUUUUUAAUAGUGCAUCCGUCGAAUUCGAAGAUGUUCCAGAAAGCCUCAUGGGCAAAGCGCUGGAAGGAGUACUGGCCGCACUCACCCCGACUGCAAGUCCUCCCUCUGCUACCACACAAGGAAGAAUGAAUUAUCCUCCUAUAAGCUCUCCUUCUUCGCCUACUUGUGGAGGUACUUCGCCUCGGUCUCCAAUAAAGGAGGAAGAUCCUCGGUUCCGUAAUGCCAAGAAGCAAGCGGUUCAGAGUUCGCCCUUGCGUUGGGAAAUCGGCCGCUCGGAAGAAGCAGCCCCCGUUGAGGUUCCAGAGCGAUUAUCAAAACAAGGAAGUAGGGACUCGUCUAGUGGACGUUUACAAGCUACGCCAGGUUAUUUCAACAACCACUACAAAAAAGAGCGAACAACUGCACCCUUUCCCUUCUCAAAACAUUUACAAGAUGAACUUUGCGAUGGAGAGCGGCCGCAGGAUAAGGAACGCCCUGCCUAUUUGCGAUCCAAUUCUGUAACUGUGGCCAUUCUUCAGAAUGAACGAUCUGAGAAGUAA